AUGUCUGUGUCCUUGUGGAGAACUGUUCGUAAUGCCUACAGAGUGGGUCUUAAACGUUACGCCUGGCAAGUAGCCACCUUGGGUGAUGCCAAAUCUGGUGACUUUGUUGGUCAAGAUGACUUUGGUAACAAGUUUUAUGAAACCAAGAACCCAGAAGAAAUCCAUCUCAGAACCAGAUGGGUUGAAUAUCAACAAUGGGGUAUGGAUAUGUCCCAAGUUCAACCAGGCUGGCACUGGUGGUUGGCUUAUGGUACUAAUACUCCUCCAAAUAAGUUGAGCCCUGAGCAAAUAAGUGAGAGAGCGUACCCAGUACCAAAAGUCCACAAGCUAAAUUUGACAGGGACUCCGGGAGCUUAUGUGCCAUAUAACACUGCCAAACCAAAAUGUGAGGCCUGGACUCCUCAAGUUGCCAGACGUUAA